CAACGCUCAGUUUUGUGUUCUCGGCGACGGAUGGAUUUGAAGGCUGUCGACAUUGUCGGUGUCUCGAGUGGUGAAGGCACGCGAUCGUGCACAUGCCAUGAGAUCUGUGGCGAUAGCCUGACAGUUGAUGACCUCGUUGUGUUCCGUCUUGCCAUCCAAGGCACCAGCGACAACCUGGAAGAGGUAAUCAAGGUAUAUCGACUGGUAGCUACCGAGCAAAGCUGCCAUGUUGGGUACCUUCCUCUACGAUUGCUCAAGUACAAAGAAUCGCUUCAAAACAAGAUCGCCUUGGUCGUAGAAGACCUACGAGUAUCACCCAGUCGAUCGGAACGCGCGCGCUCGGAACGCAACGUCGGUGUGGUGAAGGCUGUACUCUUCCAGCACAUUCAAGAGUACCACGAAUCAAUUGGAAUGUAGAGUAAAGAUGUAUUGAUCUAAACUACCACCCCAUAGCCACAUUUGC